AUGCUCUUCAAUCAUUUCAAAAAGCGGUCCUCCAUCGCGGAGUCUACUACCACUGCGGAUCCCCCGGGUUCUGAAACUGCCUCGACCGAGCACUCCGUCGCCACCAGUCACGCGACGUCCAGCUCGUCGCGUCUGAGGCGUGUAUCAGUCGCCACGCUGCGCAACCUAUCCAUUGCGCACUCGAGGCUGGCCACCGCCACGUCCAAGUCCAGCCUCAGGAGGACAAAACCACGAGAUCAUGGCGGCGGCAGCAGCAGCAGCGGUAGCAAGCAGGCCAAGGGGCGUCUUGGUGGCCUUUCAGAUGACAACGUCGCCAGUAGCAAUGACGACAGCACCAACAACAACAACAACAACAACAACAACAAUGCCACGGGUAGACUGCCGGCGUUUCAGGUUUCGCAGAGGGCUUAUCUCGCCUCCCUGGCGUCGCUGUUCUCUCGUGGUCAUGGGAAUGAGCAUGGCAGCAGCGAUUACAGGAGUAGUGAUGAAAUCCAUUCGCCAGUCUCGGCGCACAACACGUUCAUGACGACGGACUUCAGCACUGCUGCAUCACCACCAGGCCAGACGGAGAAGGAGGAGGAGAACCCGCAGACACAUGAAAUCGACUCACCCACAAUUUAUCAAUUUUCUUCGACGACCAAGACGCCAGGAGGAGAUCUGUAUGUCGGUCGACCUCAUCUUGUCCAGCCAUCUCGCACGGCCUUGUUGGAAUUUGAGAUGGCGACGCUUCCUCUACUUGAGCGUGAUCUGUAUGAGAUGGGCAGGCAUCUGGGCCAGCAGGCUAUACGUCUUACUUAUGAGCUCCGCAUGUCGGGGUAUGCGGCAGAUCAUACUGUCAACCUCUUCCCGACCGUCUGGAUCCUGUACAGAAGGCCAGAUCAUAUGUCAUCAGAACGAACCGAUAAGUCUGUCGAGGAGCUCCAAAAGGCCGUCUCGAGGCUGUCUUAUUUGCAAAGAGUCCCCGAGAUACAGGAAGGCGGUGGGAACUACGAGCCGAACAGCAGCGAGCAGAGCCACAUCGACGUGAAACCAGACCGCAGAGAGAGCAUCAAGCUGCCUCACGCUGCCGCCCUCUCGGUGCACGUCGAAAAUUAUCAAGGAAACCCUUAUUUCUGCGGCGCUCUGUGCUGCGUGACGACGGAAAAGGGGUCCAAGAAGCAGACGCAAAGCCUCUGUCGUGUGGGAGGACUGCUGAAGAUCAACGGGAAAUACGUCCUGGGCGUGACGACAGCGCAUGCAAUGCUUGACGGUAGCGGUGUGUUCGGAGAUCCUUUUGACGACGAGACAGGCGGGUCAGAAUCGACAUCAUUAAGCAACGCCGACGAAACCGAGAAAUCUAUAAAAGAGGAGGCCAGCAGAGUCUCGAACUGGCAAAAUGUCACGCGCGACGCGGCCGUCGACUUCCUCGGUAUCUCCAUGAAUUCCCGCGGCGAGAUGGCCAACAACCACGCCAAGCCAGACAACGCGACGGAUUUCGCGCUGCUGCGGCUGGGGAAAUUGCCCAGCCGUGCCAGGAACCAAUACGUCCUCCCAGAUUCUGAAGAGGUCGUCAACAUUACCUCCGCAGCAUCUGCAAGCGCAUUAGCCUCGGACGAAGGGCCCGUGCACGUCCUGUGCGGCCGAGAUGCCAUCGUCGACGGGCAGCUCAUACGGGGAACUGCGUGUUUUGUUGUCAGAGGCCGACACUUUCGCGUGCGCAGGAUACAGUUUAGCGCUCCUCUUGAAGAAAUGGGUGGUUCUGCUGGCAUGGCCGGAGCCUGGGUCGUCCGGGGCGAGGUUCUCUACGGUAUCUUACUUGCUGUGUACGGAAAUGAACCGUACGCGGUCAUGAUGACAGUCGACAGGCUAUUCGAAAGCAUUUUGGGAUCGGCGUUUUCCAUCCGCUCAGUAGAACUCUGGGAUGGAGAGGCCUCUGGUCUUUACGAAGAUGCCCGUCAUGCUGCUGCAGCAGUUGGCAGAAGCAGCACGACGACACCACCGCCAUCUCGAACCAGAUCUCAUCACGACGACGAUCAGGCGGCGGCAGCAGUGGAGAAUGGCACCCACACAGAUGGGGCGGUGGUGCAUCGUGAAGCCACAGCGGAGAAGACCGGCGAAUCGGUGUCGUCCACAAGGCCCCAGCGCCUGUCCUUCAAGGCUCACACGCCCUCUCUCAGCAAGAUCUCUGAGGUGACUAUGAGCGGCGCAGUGCCUUCCUCGAACUCGGCAUCUUCGACAAAAAUGGAAACAUCUCAUGUGGAUGGCGAUGACUCUGCGUCUGAUUCAGAGUACUUGACGCCAUAA